CCGACGCGGCAGCAGAGAACUGUGCUCCAACUGUACGGAUGUUAAUAAGCCAGAGAAAUAAAAGCGGUUGGAGCGGAGAGCGCGUGUGGCCGGACUGCUGUGGAUCCCUGCCGGCCAAGGUGUGAAUGGGAUUACGAAGGUUGCUCCGGGUCCCCUGUCGGUGCUGCUGCUGCAGAAAACAUGCGUCUGCAGAGCUUUCCGCCCCCCCCCCUGCUGCUGCUGCUGCUGCUGCUGACUGGGAUUUGCAGCGGCACAAGUUUCCCAAGUAACAUAAACAUAGGAGGCCUUUUCCCCACUGGGUCCCAUGAAUACGAGGUGUUUCGUUUUGCCCUGGCACAACAUCAGGAUGUCCCCAAACUGGUGCCACAGGUGGACAUGGUGGACAUUGGGAGCAGUUUUGCCAUGACCUAUGCUUGGAAGCAACAGUGAAACACGUGUCGGCUGAGUGAUGGAAA